GUUUUAUAAGGUGUGUAUUAUCACACAGAUAACCAUAUGCCUUAAUUUAAUAACGACAGUGAUAUUAUGUUUUACGGAAUGCAUUGCUUUAUGGUGUAAAAUGUCUAUUAGUAGAAAAUCCAUGGAAAGAGAAUGUCGGACGAACCAAACUUGUACAAAGCAGCAGUCGCAUUAAAGUAUAUGAGAGACGGACUGGCUCCAUUUGUCUCUAUUCAGACUCGGAGAAGACACCAAAACCACCUACAGGAACUUGGCGUAGUUGUUGAUACCCAAAGGACAUGUUCAUUAUGUACAAAAGAUAAUUUACUUCCCGAUCACUUUGGACAAGAUUGCCGUCUUAAAUUCAGUAAAACGCUAUGCUUUUGCAAAAGACCUAAAGGGCGUAGAAAAUGUCCACACGGGAUUUGUAGUAAACUCUAUGAUUUAAUUAUUAGUGAUUACAUCCUUAGCGAUCCUGACUGGUCUAAUACAGACCCCCAAAAAUGGUGUUGUGAUUAUUGGGAAUAUGCAAAGUGUUUUAUAGAUUCCUCUGCUAACAAAGAUGUUCACUCAAUCGGAGAAUGUGAUAUAACUGCCCUCCUCAACAUAUGUUGCAACAACUGUGCAAUAAGACAUGUUAUUGAUAAUCCAGGAAACUUCGAGCAGUGUCGUGCUUUACACAAUCAGAUCCUUCAUUCGGAAUCUAGAAUCACAGACAAGCAGCUUUGUGACUAUAUUGAUCAGAUGACAGCCGUACUAAACGACAAGAGUUUGACCGGUGAUAAUGAUGCUGCACACGCUGUUAAAAGCCUAAAGAAAAUUAAGAAACGCGGAACUGUGCUCCAAAUACAAAACCGGUAAUGUCAAGGUUUUAGAAGAUAUAGAAAGACGCACAUCGGAAGUAUUGAAAUCUAAAACAAUGGAGAUAUUGGACAGAGAAAUGCAAACGAUUAAAUCAUCAAACGAAAAAAGAACAACACCCCAUCGAGAUAAGCUAGAGAAAGACACAGACCAGCUUAUUGAAGAAAUGGGACUUCGACUUAUACAACAAGCAAAACAGCAAAUGGGACCAAAAGCAGAUACUCCAAAUUUACGAAAGAGCGUUGAAAUGCUGAUUGACGGUAUUACAGACCGCGAAAUACAUGCGGACAGUACAGGAUAUAUAAAUUUUAGUUUCAUAUUGCGUUAUCUUCCAAAAUAUCUCUCCGGGGACAAGAUGUGAUAAUUUAUUAUCCACGCUGUUUCUAACCGCCUCGAUAGCCUAGUGGCAGAGCGUCAGCUUCGCGCGCAGGAGAUCGUGUGUUCGAUCCUCGGCCGCGUCAUACCAAAGACGUGAAAAAUGGUGACAGUAGCUUCCUUGCUUGACGCUCAGCAUUAAAAGGGAAACUGCCUUCUCAUCUCUCAUACCCUUUUGGCGAUAAAUUCAAUCAGGAAUGAGGUGGUGUCGAGGGUGAUUAACAUAAGUUGUAGAACUUGCUUCGUAAUCGACCUAAAAUUAAUUAUGUAUACACUUACGUUUCUUCUUAGGCAUCGACGUCUGCGUCUACAUCACAUGUACAGGGUUUCUCAACUAUUUGACUAAAUAUUUUCGAAAUCCUGAUGAUGUUUGGUCGUUAUGAGAUAAACUCACAGGAAUGGUCACAUAAACUUAGCUAACGGUUUGUAAAAGAAUUGUUCCCCUUUCUAACAUAAACGUUUUGACAUAAGCUUUUCUCUCAAAUACUAUUUGACUUGGUGCUUUUAAUCUCAAUAGAAGUAUUUGGCAUCGUGAGAUAUUUGUCAUAACUCUUAACUUCUAUUUUAUUAUAAUAUGUCACUUUUUACCAAACCAUGUUAGUUAAAGAUGUCAAAAUGCUGUCAAAGUCUACAGAAGUUUGAUAUCAUUUGAUAUCAUAAAAACGACCUCACAGUUUACGUAAUUCUUGCAAAUAUUUUCUCAGAAUUAUGUUCCGGUUUCAAUAUAAAUUUUAGUGAAGGUUCAGCACAUAAGCAUGCUUCACAGAAACUAAUAAACGUUUAAAACGGUUGUAGGUGCAGAUUGGAAUUUCCGGCCUUAGGGGUAACUGUUUAGGCGGUAACGAGUCUCCUGCCGAGUUACCGCCUAAACAGUUACCCGAGAGCCGGAUAUUCCUAUCUGCACCUAUAACCAGUGACAGAAUCUUUUUCUUGCAUACCGAUAUCAAGAUAUAAGAAUAAAGAUAAAACCAAUCGAACGGCUUUCUUUUUAGAACUAUUUCUUAUAGCAGCGUAUUUAAAAAUGUGCGGGAAACCAACGUACGUAAACAGGAAAGACGUCAUGACGUUUCAAAGACAAAUAACAAAGUUUAGUUCCGGUAUUGUUUUAUCAGUUGCAGCGUAACGUUAUGAAUUUUUGAUAAGAUAACGUGUUUUGAAUCGAGAAAUAUACUAUCAGGAACAAAGAGGAACUGUCAAGGUAUUGGACUUUUGUUCCGUUUUUGAAAUAAAAUAUAAGUUACUACAAUGUACAUAAAUCUUCUACAUAUAUGUAGUUUGUAAUACAUCAUUUAAAGCACGAGAGUCAUCUUACACCCCGGAGUGUAAGAUGGAGUUUUCCAGCACCGAAAAUCCCCGUCCGGUAUGCAAGAAAAGUCAUUUAGCACACUGAGGAAGGUUUCGUAACUAAGUUAAACUUACAUAUCACAAAAUUAUGCCCUAUUUUUAACUAAGAAAGAAAUUUUAGUGAAAUCUUUACAUAUAGGCUGAUAACUCAGCAUUCUCUGGUCUAAAUAUUUGCAUCUCAACAUGAAAUUUUGGUAUUAUCAAAUGACAUUAGAGCCAGGUAUCAUAUAUUUUAACAGAAUUAUACCGAUUUUUAUGAUUAUAUUUUGAAAAAAACAAAACUUUUCUAUGUAAAAUUGAACCGUUGUUAUAUUGAAGGGCACAUUUUCAUUAGACAGCUCUUGUAAAAAAAAAGUCAAAUUAGUGUAAAUAUUACAUAAUACAUACACAUUAAUAUAAUGGUAAUGUUCUUUAAUACAGGUGUUGCAUCCAGUGGAGAAGAAGAAUAUGAUUCUAAUAUGCGUGAAACAACACGACUUUUCCGUGAUUUGUUAGGAUAAAAUCUUCCUAAACCAGAUGCAGAACUAUUUUCCGACAGUGGCCCCACAGAGUCUAUAGCAACGAUGGAUGACAACUAUAUGGAUAUCUCAAGAGACUUGGACGAUGCCAGAUCAUUCACAGAAGACGUUACAUUCCCAUUCCAAAAAGAGGUCUUUUCAACUUACAUGGACGUUGAUGCUGAAGACAAUAUCGAAAAGUCUAAAGGUCUGGACGAAGAAUAUUUAUUGGACAAUAUUGAAUUAAACAAGCUCUGUACAAAUGAAGGUAGAACUUCGCCAAAUGUAAAGAAGGAAUGUGACAAAAUUUGUACUGCUAUCAAAACAAAAUCGGACAAAAUUGUCCAUGUCGUGCCGGCAUACAAAACGAAUGAUGAGACAAAAAUUAUUUUUGUUGUUUUUGCUCAAAGUGAAAUAACACUAGAAACGCGCUGGAAAUUAGAAGUACGAAUUGUAUACCAGUAUAGUGACGAAAGUAAAUGUGCUAUGUAUUGUGCAAAUAAUAAUCCACUUUCAACGGAAUCAUCAAGAAAAAUUGGAAAGAUAAUUGACAAGUAUUCCAUGGAACUGAUGCAUAAUCAUACAUAUCUCUCUGUUAUUUCUGCUUCACCAGUCGUAUCAAAACACUAUGGAACAAGCAACUAUAAAACUGAAUCUGUGUCCUGCAUUGCUUUAUAUGUUAUAGUCAAACAUUUUAUACCAAUCAAUGAAGAACCGUUUCCACAGAUGUUAGACGGAAUUCCGGUCGAUGUAAGAGAAGGUGGGGUACAGUUCUGUGGAGCCUCUGCUGAAGAUUUUCACGAUCAGGUGCGGAUGGGAUGUAAAAUUACGUCUACAUUUCAGCCUCAAAAGCAUGGCACAUUGGGUGGCUUUGUUGAACAUCCGGAUUAUGGCUUGUGUGGAAUCACAUGUGCGCAUGUUGUACUGAAUGAUAAAUGGAAAUUCGCACUUAAGGAGAAAAUGAAAGUCAAAGAGAAAGAAAUGGAACCAUGUGCACUGUUUCAGCCUUCGUAUGAUCGAAUUAAACAAGCUCUGUACAAAUGA